AAGAAGAAAAUGCGGCGCAUGCGCGAACACAUCGGAUGACACAGACGUUAGCAUUUAGCAUUAGUGAAGCUCGUCGGUGUGCUCGCUACUAGACAUCAAACAUGUUGAAAGAGUUGGUGAAAGAACGACUAAUGGCGGCAGCCGAUGAAAUAUUCGCGCUGUUUGAAAGCACGAUAACGUCGUACGAGGAGGAACUUUGUCGAACGAGAGAGGAGAAGGAGCGACAUCGACAACAACUGGAAGCUGCUCGCAAAACUCAAAUUGUGCUACACGUUGAAGACGUCCGGCAGCUCCGUCACGAAGAAUAUCCCUUUACGCCACAGGACGGAAGCUCCACUUUGAAGCAGGAGUAUCCACAGCCCCCCCACCUUAAAGACGGUAUCAGUCAGUCAGGAGAAGAGUGUUUUCUAGGGCCGCAGGAGGCUGAUCUCACCAACUUACCUCUGACUGGUUUCUCUGUGAAGACUGUAGACCAUGAAGACAAACCUCAAAUUGACAACCUCUUAGCUCCUCUAUCAGAUAGUGACGACAUAACGUCACACUCUGCUGAGGAUGAAAACGAGGACCACACCCAAGAACCUUUGAGCAGCGAUACAGACUGUGAGGGUGAUAUGAGGACGCACACUGACAACCAACACCCUGAAUGCUCUGAAACGAAAACAUGUAAAAAAGAUUUUACCUGCUCGUUUAGUGCUGAAAUGUUUUGUAAAAAAAGUUAUUAUGAUGAACACGCGAGAACACAAACGCAAGAAAAACCUUUCAAAUGUUCAGUUUGUGGCAAUACAUUUUCUCUGAGGCACAACUUGAAACUACACAUGAGAACACACACAGGAGAAAAACCUUAUAUUUGCUCAUUUUGUUUUAAAACGUUUUCACAGAAAUCCAAUUUGACUGUACACAUGAGAACACACACGCAAGAAAAACCUUUCAAAUGCUCAGUUUGCUGCAAUCGAUUUUCUCAGAAGGCAACUUUGACUUUGCACAUGAGAACACACACAGGAGAAAAACCUUUCAAAUGUUCAAUUUGCGGCGAUACAUUUUCUCAGAGGGGCAGCCUGAAACAACACAUAAGAACGCACACGGGAGAAAAACCUUUCAUCUGCCCAUUUUGCUGUAAAACGUUUUCUCAGAAAGCCACUUUGACUGCACACAUGAGAACACACACUGGUGAAAAACCUUUUCAAUGUUCAUUUUGUGGAGCUGCAUUCACUCAGAGGGCCAACCUGAUAUUUCACAUGAGAAAACACACAGGAUAAAAACAUUUCAGUUGUCCACUUUGUGAUGAAGGUUAUUCUGAAAAGCAAAGUUUGACAGCACACACGUCUGCACACAACAGAGAAUAAAUGUUUUCCUGUCCAGUUUGUGCUCUAAUAUAGUCAAAUUGUAGAAGUGCAAUGUCUUGCAUGAAAAUAGCAGUAGUAGAAGUAGUUAUAGUUUUUUUUUUUACCUUAAUAUUCAUUGGGAUUUUCAUAUUAUACAUAGACUUGAUGGGGAAAACUAUAUAGGUAUCUCAACUAAAAAAAAAGUAGUUUAAUUACAUUUUGUUUAUAAUUGAGUAAAUCAUUAAAAAAAAAACUAUUAACAAUCAUAGAUAAACGUAACAAAACAUGCUUGUGGGAUCAAUAAUAUUUUUCUUUCCACUAGUUUCUUAUCAUCUAAAAGGUAGUUCUUUACCAAAUAUAAGUAUUGUGAUUUUCUUCUAAAUAAAUUAUCCACUUCAACCAUCUUUUCUUGAACAGGUCUUCCAUAGUAUGUAGUAUAUGAGUCAUGUUUGUGUUUGGAUCAUUUCAGUGUUGAUUAUCUCGCCUCGGUCUCUUGCCAACCCAGACAAACCUGGAAAUAAUCUUAUCCCAGGCUGAUAAUAAUUGUUUAUUUCUGUCAUUUAUACGUCACUUAGAUAGUGAUGAUCUGUUGUGUGUAUGAUACCAGAUUCCCUCAUGAGUUCCAGGUUAGUGUGCCACUAAGAACAGUAGCUACAUUAUUUUAGAUCGACUCUGAAGCAAAUAAACAAUGUUGACUAACAUGUUCAGACAGUCUGAUUGGUGGAGGACAACCUGGAUGGAUUUUUCCCUCACAUCAAAAGUGUGUUUGUUAUUUUAUCUCUCUUUAUGAGGGCACCAACAUGUGCUUCAUCGGUUCAUUCUUUAUUUAAAGAGCAUUUAUUAUGCUAUGUCUUGCUGUUUCCUUAUUAGCCAUCUGGAAGACUCUCUGUUAUUUCUGCCUGCCACUGAUGUGUGUUUGUAUGAUGUCUUAUACAUUAAAAUAAUUUUGUUAUAUUAAAGGCCUACUGAAAUGAAUUUUUUUUAUUUAUUCCAUUCUA